AAAGAUACAUCUUCAAAGCUCAACUACAUGGCGUUGGCAUUCCAUUGGCUAACCCCUGUUGUUUGAAAGAAAAACGUGUCAGGUAUUUCAUAAUAGGCGGUUGCUUUCAAUUAAAGUGAUUCUGAAUUUUCUUAUUGUUAGUCCAUUGAAUCUUUUCACUUGAGACUUGAGGCAAUUGAGAGAGGCACGGAAAUUGCCCGAGCUGCAAAAAACUUUAUCCUGUCUCAAUAUGAAAACUUCAAGGACGCUGAUUGCCGUCUUAACACUUUUGGUUUCGUUGGUCAGUUAUGUAUCUGGUAAGUUUCUCAUAUCUUUUAAUUAAUAAACAACUAUUUCCGUGCAUGUUCUCAACUCAGUCAAUUUAAAACUCGAAAUGCGAUUAGCUCUGUCGCUGUGAGCCAAUCUUCAAAUCAUAACGCGUUUACACUAUGUCUUAAAAUAGGCGUUUUUUAUUAAACACUUUUUCACGUUCAAGAGCGGAUUCGAGACGCUGGUGGUGCUUCCUAUACAAAGAGGACGACACAGUGCACUUUCUUUACUAUAGCUAUGUUUCAACAUGAAGCCCUGCAACUACUACAUAUUUAAUAUUCAAGUACAUGCACCAGUAGCUGCCUGCUAUCAAAUGCUCUUGUGUUGUGAGCUCUAUUUCCUAUAAGACCAAAACUGAAAUAAGCAUAUAAAACCUUUGGCGAUAUAUAUAGUUAUAUACCCCGAAGGCAGUUCACUACAAUACCUUCUAAACUACAUCCUGUAUAGUUUAAAUUCAGCCAUAUAUAAAUGGUAAACUGUACAUGUAGUAAAGCUAUAUUUGUUAUAACUUCAAUUAAACUAGGCAUCAGAUACGUAUCAGUUUCAAAUUAUUGCCUAUGCAGUUAUAGGUAUAUGCUGCAUGCAUGGGCAAGGAUGUAUUUUCCGCUUUCGAAACAAAUUACUUUCAGUUGUCGAAAUGCCGUGUUAUGAAUGUAAAUUAUAAAUUUAAACUCCAGACAAUUAUUUAAUUAAACAGUUGCACUAAAAAACAGUUAACAUUAAUAUCGGUUUAGCAUUUAAAGGGAGCUAUAGGGUUAAUCAACUAUAUAGACGCGGCGAAUCGAAAACCGCCGCGGAUCCUCUGAAAUUUGUUGAAAACAACUAAAAAAGGAAUGACACAAAACUCCGAUUUAAGGCUAAGCAUAUAGUUUUCAUCUUAAUGGCCCGGUCGUUGCCGGUUUUAGGAAUUCAAAAAUACUUCAAUAAGGAUCACUGGCACAAUUCAGAAACGCAUUUUCCGCGAAUGGGAAAAAAUGGCGUGGUCUGAUAACUUAUGCAAAUUAUUUUUCCCGGUGUACUUUCUGACUUUCAUACUUGACUUUCAUAGGCCUACUUUCGGUAUAUAGGUAUAUAGGUAUAUACAGACGAAUUUCUGUGGACGUCGGACGUGAUUCGACAAUUACGCAGCGCGAUAUUUCGAUGUUCACUUGCUGCAUGAUAACUUUCAUCCUGGUUUAAGUUUUUCAAAUAUUUAGAAGCGCUAUAACAUGUUGAGUUAUUUGGUCUACAUAUAUCUUUUAUAAUUUCCUUUCAUUGGCUGCCUGUUUUAUUAACUUUUAAAAACUGAAAAAUCGCGACGCGUUGUCGAAUCGCGUCCGGUGUGUCUCGGCCUUUACAACCAAAUUGAACAUUACUAUAAGUUCUACCUAAUAAUAGUAUAUAUACUGAUAUGCAUGUAAGCUUUGUCUAUAAUUGCUAAAGCCAUAUAAAACUGUAUAAUUAACCAUAAAAUGCAAUGUAUAUUUGUUAGAACAACAAAUUCAACGCUUGUGAAUCUUUUUUCAGACCAAAUGCUAUACUGAAUUACAGUUUAUAAAACCCUAUUCUAAAGCACAAUUAUGCUUCGAAAGAGUCUGAACGCAAUCUUCGAUGACGCAUUGAACAUAUAUAGAUGUUUGAUGAUUUCCCAUGAUUUGUUCAUACUUCUAUAGGAAGUACUGAAAAUAGUCAUGUUUAAUGUUAUUGUUGUUGUGUCUAUAGAGUUUAGGAGGACCAGAUUGGAAAAAAGUUGUAACUUUAUCUGUUUAUCCUCAAUAAAUAAAGUGUUAUUAUUGUUAUUAUUAUUAUAGUAAUCAUAUGCAUACCGACCGCUCAUAAACUCAUGUAUUGUAUAAACUAUAAACUAAACCAGACUGUCUAUAAAAUCCUUUAUUAGGUCAAUAUAGUGUUGCUACCGAACUUUGUUACGACAAAACCACGGAUCUUAUUUCACCGCUAUUCAGUUUAUGUUCUGUUUUCGGUAACGUCAACGAAAAUAGUAUACUUCUCGUUCUAAAUAGUUGAAAAUAUAUAUCAAUUGACAGUGAUCUUUAAAAAAAAUUGAUCAAUUAACACAGCAUCAAAAAAAUUAAAAUUAUUCUGUAGAGUUUAGUCUAGAAUACUUAAUGCCACAGGAAUCAUGCAUGGAUGUAUUGACUGCAUUCCAGGCAUUCCACUUUAUGUCUAUUUGCAUAAACAGACUGCGUUGAGACUCCUUGCAUGCAUUUCAACUUACAGAAAUGAUGUGUGAAUGUUUUUCAUGCAAUUAUUCUCAUUGGGCAUUUUGCGGCUGUCUAUAACAAGGUCGAUAACGGACUAUUAAUUUGUCAACAACAUGCAUAAGUAAAGUUUAGUAAAGAUAAGUAAAUUUUGAUAUUCAGUAUUAUCAAAAUUUGUCAAGGAACAGGUGCAUGUACACAGAUACAAAAUUCGUUUGCUGUCAUUGAGUGCGAUAGGAUAUAAAAAUCUUGAAAGGGUUUAAGGGUUAAUGUUGGUUGCGUGCGACCGAUGACGAUGUAGUUAGUAAUUAUAUACAGGAACUGUAAAAUAUCGGAAACUGUAGGAGUUCAAUUUGCGGCGUCAUGAUAUUAAUUUUAGUUAUAUUUCUGGAAACUGAAUCACAUAUAUUAUUGAGGUGUUCUAUAACAAACAUACUUGCAGGGAGGUGAGUCCGGGAUUGGACUCACCGAGGGUGGCUGGAAGUUUCCCGAACAGUCAUGCCCGAAUGAAGCGAGGUGAGUUCGGGAAACUUCCAGCCACCCGAGGUGCGUCCAAUCCCGGACUCACCAAAUCUGCAAGUAUGUUUGGUUUUUAUCACAUGCCAUUUCGGUAAAAUGCUAAAAAGUACUUAAGAAUUUUAUACGCAUCUUACUUUUUAGUAUAUAAUUUCGUGUUUGGCCGGAUAACGGAACAUUUUAGCCGCCAACAUAGUAAGCAAACAAACAAAUUUAGGCUUAAAUUAAAGCUAAAAAAAUUCUCUACAGUACUCCCUUAUUUUUCCAAAGACAAAAUGAACACAUUCUGCGAAAACAAUGCCAGGAUUUAUAUAAACCUGCUCAUAAUCUGUCAUUUAUCUGACAAAGAUUGUAAAAUAGAAUAAAAUAAAAUAAAGUAAAAUAAUUAUAAUCAUUGUGUCAAUGUUUGUGAGAUUAAAAAUGGUGUUAAAUCUGCUGUCACACGGCAGGGAAUAUAGCAUUUCUAAGCUUUACUGCAUGCCUUUAGGAAAACAAUUAUGUGUUGACAUUCCCCCCAGAUAGCCUGAGAAGCUUCUCGCGGUAAAUGACUUGGUAAAUAUGUGCUCCUGAAAACGGCCUCGCCCCCUUAAUAUGGCUGCUACUAAAUUUAUAGUUAUUACUGCAUGUAUAUACAGCUAAUGCAAGAACGUUGUCCUUCAAAAAUCAUAAAGCUUAAACAUUGAGCGCAUUGUUGCAACCCUACUCUAGCAUAUAAUGAACACUUUCAAUGUAGGGAUGUUUGGUUCACCAAGCUAAUGCCCGAUCUAAGGUUCGAAGUAAGCAAUACCCAUCAUACCUUGCGCGCUCAAUGUUUAAAGUUUGAGACUUUUUGAAGGACAACCUUUUUUGAAUUAGCUGUAUGCCUAUAACCUGGAAAUCUAAACCUCUUCUCCCUUGCAUGCAUCAUCACUUUUUGUAAUGUGUACUUGAUUAGUAUAUGAUCGGUUCAGAUGAUUCAUGUGGCUCAUCAUGAAAUAACUUCGCUAUAUGGGAAUCUUUUAUCUCUGAUCCUUUCUUCAAGAGCCACUAGUUGAUAAAUUGCUAGAAGCAAAAGUGAAAACUAGAACUUUCCGUGUUUGUCAUGUUGCAAUCUCCACGCUUUGUCACUCCGCCCUCGUUUGAGAGCCCCCUUUAAGCGUUUUAGAACUACAAUUUACUACAUUCCAUUUUGUAUCUCAAGUAAACCUACCUUGAAAUGCAAGUCUACCUAUUGAUAACUCUCAGUGUUUUUCUUAUCCUAAAUAGUAGGUAAUUAACAGGGGGUUCUAUAUAGUUUUCUCUGAGACUCAGGGAAUUUUAGGCGCAUUAUUCAGACGUCAUUCUCGCGUCGCGCACGAGGAAUAUUCGUAGAAUUUUUUACACAAGCUGUGAAAGUAUUUCUAGUCAUUUUUAGUGUUUAUCUUGAAAAGAAUGAUGCCAGAUUUUCUUAAAUUUUACCUGAAUUCAAUUUAAGAAAGGACGUAUGUUGUUAAUAAUAAGUUAUUAGGCUUUUGGUUAUAGUAUGUUUUUCACGUAUAUUAUUAACGUUCAAUAUUCGCCUUUUAAAUGUUUAAAAAAUCUUCGACUUGUGAAACAGCGACGUAAUUAUUACUUAAGAAAUAGAAAACGAUUAUUGUCACGAAGGAGACAAAAAAAAAUUUAUGCUAAAGUUGCGUAUAAACUGUUUAAAAUGCUGGGAUUUGCCAAUCUUUGUCAGCUGAUUUCGGCUGUUGGAUUUGCUGUGAAAUAUGUGACAUUUCGUCGUGUUGCUCAGUUUUAAUUGAAAUUAUUGUAUAUUUUGUCUUUCGCCGAAAAUGUAUCUAGAAUUUUUUUAUCAGAAGCAUUGAAGGUACUUUGAAUUCUAAAUCACUUAUGUUCAGUUCAGUUUGUUGCCUUUUUCUAUGUUUUUGAUAUUCUUGUAUCUUUUGGGGGUUUUUCUCGGCUAUUUUGCACGUUUUUGCCCAAAACUUGUGGAGGCCAAGCUUGCCUGUUAAUUUUACUGUUUUUAUACGUCGAACUAUAGAUAAAUUUGCUUGGUUCCUGUCGUCUAUUCAGUAUUCCUUAUUGCUUUCUGAAAAAUUUUGAAUUGUAAAAGUUCUAUAGUUUUGUUUAUAUUUGUGGCUAAAAGGCGGAGAUGAAGCAGGAAAAACCACAGAGAGAGCAAGGUAGUGCCACGGACGACAGUGCAUUUUUGCGGCAUCACAAUGCACGCGCAUUAGCCUAUCAAAUUGUCUGUUAUAGCACACUUGUAUUAAAAUAAUAAGUAAAUUACGUUUUAAAAUUAACAAAUAUAAAACAUUUUCCGUGUUGAUAUACAGUUAUAUCAACACGAGUGGAAAUUAGGAAAACGAAGGGCGGAGUGUAUUCACACAAUUUCGAGUUUUCCCAAUUUCCACAAUACAUAAUUUCCUUGCUGAUUCUCGCGAGAUUCCUUCCAGCUGGGUCACUUUCCAGUUCAUCUUCAAAAUUUUUGCCACCAAUCCCAGUCACUCCAGCUAUACCACAUGUAUCCUUCUAUUUACGUCAUCAUCGUAGCUCACUGAUUUCCCUAAUAUUAAAUAUUUACAGUAACUCUUUCUUCAUCCAGUUGCCAUCGCAGAUUUUGAUAAAGCAAAUGCCUAUUACUAUGGUCCCCUCCAUUGUUGUUUGCUCCCAAACAGUAUCUAUCUGGUCUCAUGGUAAAUUCCAAUGAUCGGUCAUAUGAUGCCGCAGUAUAACCCACUCGUCAUUUUCUACUAUCGACGAUACACCUGGAUUUUUCCUACCAACGAUGUAACUUUAAUUUGUUAACAAUUCUAGAUCCCAACAGGCUCUGUUAUAAAUAGCUCUUGCACAGUCAUCAUGCUUUAUUACUGCGGAACCAAGCAAACCUAACAAGAAGCCAGCAACUCUACAACAUUUUCCUUACUUUCGCCACACAGACUACACCUUUCUUCCAUGACCUGCGAUAAACCUAUAGUGGUCCGAUGGAUUCUAGUCCAUACUACUCCGUCGUGAAUGGCGGCAUAAGUGUUGCCUCAAUUAUAACUGUAAAGAUCGUAGUUUUAGUUUGGUUUAUCACUUUGAACCUGCAUCAAAUAUCCGAAACACCCCAACUCUCCACAAGGAAUGUGUCGUAUUUAACGUAAAUAGCAUAGAGUACUGAUUGUAUGUUUUAUUAAGAAUUUUUACCGGCAUUUAGGAAUUUAAAGCUUUCGAUUCGUAAUUAAGCUAAUCAGAGAUCAUGCAACAUGCAUGUAGAGAGGUCAUGCAACACGCACUAGGCCACCAAUACCGAACGACCUAAUCGCAGGUCGUGCAACAUGUAUGUAUGACUAAACGUACUCCAUAACAAUAAACGACGAAAAUGUCAAAUUGUAACAAGCACUAGCUCAUGGAAAAAUAAUUUUUAUAAUACAAUAAACUCUUCCGGAAGGUAAUUAGCCGUGGCUAUAUUAUACAAUCUCGUGUUAGAGACAUUGAAAUAUAAGAGCCCUUUAUCUAGGUUGUUACAUGAAUUAUAUCACUAUUAGCCUAUAUACUGUAUGGUUUGUUUUAGUAAAUGUGUGAACUGUAACAAGGCUCUAAAUCCUAUGUCUGAAUCAGAAAAACGAGGCUCAAUAGCCAAGAUCGAACAUUUUUGGGAAGGAUGUUUUAAUUGAUAUACUUUAUAAGUUCAACAUUUUUGUCCAUUUUGUGCCUUAAAGAUGAUGUCCACUCGUGUGCGCAUGUGCGAACUUUCUUUACGUUUUGAACUGCUGUAUUUGUAAAAUAUGAUAUACCAAUUGAAUAUCUAACACACUGGUUCGCUAUGCUUGUAAAUGAAUAUAAACUCUAUGUUUCAAUUCAAAAAAGUUAGAAAGAUGCAAAAUUUGGGCAAUGUUUAUAUCUGGGGGUCCCCCUUUGUUAUGAGCAGAACUGAUGCGCAGAGCGGAGUGGACAUCAUCUUUAAAUUAAGUACAGUGCACCUCCUGUCUGCUAAUAUUGUAUAAUGCAAGAUACAAAUCAUAUAAUGAUAUUAAAUGUAGUGCAUAUACGCAUGGUAUGAACAAAAAAUGUACUGUUUUCUUUAUAGGUCAGAAUGGAGAGUUUGAGGGAAGCGCAGAAUCAAAUCUGGGAAAUGGUAAGUGCCCACAUUGGAGUAAUUUAGUUCUUUCUUUGGAAGUUGCGUUUUGAUUUAAUUUUCUUUGUAAAUUGUUUAAAAUACCGCAAUAUUAAAUAAUCGAAUAGCCCACGAUACCCUCAAGUUUUAUUACAUCUACAAUAUAACCGGUAUACGAUAACUGCUCGUUCUUUUGUUACAGAUCGGUUAAUUGAUUACACUAGCGACAGCGAGCUCAAUUUUCAAGUAGUCGAAGGUUCAGGGACAGGAAUAGGAACAGUUAGACGGAAAACAGCUGACUGUGUAUUGCUGAAUCUGCCCUCGAUUGGAUUCAAUUUUAAAGGAAAGGACUUCACAAGAGCUUAUGUAAGAACAAGCACACAGUUUUAUGGGGGUCUAUUAUAUAGUUUCGCGGUUAUGCGGAUUUAGCCAUAUUUUGAGGUCGGAUUUCGGUUACAUCCAGUUAUUUUGUACGGUUUGCGGUUAACUGGAAAUCGUGCGGAGACGGAAAAUGUCGAAAUUAACCCUCCGGAUUUGGUUAUUGACCAAAAUAAAUAGCGGUUUUCGGAUAGUUUUUAACAUGGGGUUAAGAAAUAUUUUACGAGCUCAAGGCAAUAAUUCAGUUCAUGGCAUUCAUCUUCCGAUCACGCUUGUGUGUUGUUCCACAGGGUCUCGAAAUGACGAAAUCAAAUAGGCAAAGUGGCCGGGCUAUUAGUAAAAUCAGGAACACCGGAACAGCAUCAUUCCGGAAUACGGAACACCAGAACACCAAAAAUUCCGCUUAAUUCCGCUUUACCUGGGGUUGUGAAAUUAUUGCGGGGAAAAUUAUUCCGUAAAAGUAAAACAUGCUUUUUAAUAUUCUGACUUGCCGAUUGCUACUAAUUACGAACUGAAAUCAGUCUCAAAGUAAUAAAUAUUUGCCCGAAAAGAUGAAAUCAAAGCAACUUGAUUGUUUCUCACACAAAACGUAAGCAGCGAUGGAAGGAAAACGUUUUUAUAGCUAUUUAAACUGCUAAGACUUCGUUUGCUUUGCCAAUUGCCAAAUUUUAUACUACCAAGUUCGCGUGAAACUUGUGAACGGCUUCCUUUUCAAUACUCCAAUAGAAAUGGCGAAUAUACAUAAUGACUAUUGGUCUAUUGCCUCACAUUAUGUUGCGGAAUAUGUUUCGAAAUAUGUUACCACAUAUGCCUCGGUUUGAACGCGGUUACGUUUAAAAGAGAAAUGAGUGCGCGGUUUGCGGUUAAAAUUUGAAAAACAGCGCGGUUUUCGGAGAUGCGUACCCCCUAUAAUAGACCCCCUUUUAUUUGUUACUGAUUUGGGAACAAAUAUUGUAAGAUGUUUUAAAAGUUAAUUCCUCAAUACUCAAUUCCUGCUGAGAUUUUGCUGAAACUUUCUUAGCUUAAUGUUUAUGACAUGCUUAUAAUAAAAUCGGGAAAAGUGAUAUGGUUGCGAACGCUUAGAAGACUGACAAGCAAACGUUCAUUUAACACGAAGUAUUAUUAAUUGGCCAACAUUGAACGCAAGAGCGCGUUGUGGCGUGCAUGAUGUGUUGCUGUAACAACACGAUAUUUUUCUUUUUAAAUAUUUUUUUACAAAACGGCAAAAAUUAACGCAAACUAGUUGAAAGGUUAAUACUUUUAACUAUACAACAAUAUGAGCUUUGCGGAUUUAAUGUAAAAUUUAAUAUUACCUCGGGCUGACCAAUUCAUUUGAUCAAGUUCCUCGAGAUAUUCAUAUACACUUCCUAGUAUAAUUGUAAACUUCCUGUUGAAUAGUUUGAAUGCACCAGUCACCUUUGUUGUUUGUCCAACUAACCAAUCAUAAAUAGAAAGGAAGUGACCAGAAAUGAUCAAAUACUUGGAAUUGGCUCUUUCACAGGAAGUGUAUAUGAAUAUCUCGAGGAACUUGAUCAAAUGAAUUAAUCAGCCCGAGGUAAUGUAUUGAAUCAAUAUUUGAGCAACACUUCAAUUGCAACGACAGUAAACGCUUCGUAAAAUGAUAUAGGUAGCCAAAUAUCUAUAUCUAGCGAACUUAAGUCUUUACCUUUUUUUAAAUAUAGAAAUUUAUUGUUGUUUUGUCGGAACCAUUAGCAACUCUGAAAUGCCAAUAUAUCUAAAUGUAAUUGUCACAUGAAGUGCUAUUGCACUAUCCAAAAUUUGGUGCUUUCUUUACCCAGUGCACGAUCUUCUGAACAGAAGCAAUGGGCUAUAGCAAGGAGUAAAGCAAUCCCGACCAAUACUGCUUCGUCUAUCCCGAAACCGCAACAAAUUAGGGAUUACUAUUAAUAGGCAAAUCUAAUGAUUAUUUUAAUUCUGUGUAGGAGGCCAUGCAGUAUCCCCUAUCCUUCAGAUACAUCACUGUGCAGAUGAUUUAGUGCAUCAAAGGCUAUUUUUUUUUUCUGGAUCCCAUAUUUUUUUAAAGCAUAUAUUUAACCUUAGUAUGGUCUACUUAUUUACAUAUAUAUAGCAAGGGAACACUAAAUUUUUUAAAGUUUUUCUAUGCUGAGCAUACUAAAGUAGAAGUAAAAAAUGACCGAUGAAAGAAAAAUGCUUGGGAACUGAAAAAGUAACUAGGGAUGCAAUUGUCAUACAACACCAUACAAUAGGUUACACAGGCAUAUAUAUAUAUAUAUAUAUAUAUAUAUAUAUAUAUAUAUAUAUAUAUAUAUAUAUAUAUAUAUAUAUAUAUAUAUAUAUAUAUAUAUAUAUUUUAUAUAUCCAUUAUGCCAAGUGUCAAUUGAAUCGGUAAUCGAUGCGUACAAUUGCAUGCUGUCCAAUUCCAGGAACUUAUAUGCACUUUAUUUUUCAGGUAUGCGCGAAUGGAUUAGUAAAAUUUGAGUCGCGCACUUACGAAGUAAAUCCUCGGAAUUUUGGUACCUAUAGGGGGCAGACUAGUGAUUCUGCUUGUCUUGCACCAUACUGGUCAUUUGUUAACUUAGACUACUUUCAAAGUGGACAAUCAAAGGUGUUUUAUCGUAAAUACGAAGAUUCAAAUAACGACUUUCGUAGCGUGUUUACCAAGGCUAGGGACUUUGGCAGAACAAUAUUAGGCGAAUCAGGGUACAAUCCGUUUUGGGUAACGAUCAUAACCUGGGUGGAUUUGCGACCGAAACAACCUGGGGAUGUUACUUAUGGUGGGGUAAGUGAACUGAAUUAUUCAUUAAACUCUUUUUUGUUUGCCCAUAAUUAGACCAGGACAGUAUCGUCCUGGGGCCGGUUGUAUAAAAAAGUGAUUAAAGUUAACUAUAGUUAGUGGAAAUGUCAUCCAAUAAGAAGCGCGUAUUUGAUAGUUAGUCACUAUUUAACUACAAAAUAGUGAUUAAAAAAGUGAUCAAGAGUUUUAUACAACCGGCCCCUGGUCUUUAUGCUAACGACUUUGAAGAUUCGCAUUAUCGCAUCUUUGGUUCAGUGCAUACUAUGAAGACAAGAGUACAAUCAUUCGAUUUAAUGAAGCAAUAUCUCCCAAUUCUUAUUGAUAGUUUCAGUAAAAUGAUAACAUUAUAGCGAUUUACUACCUUUAAUUUUAAAGUUAAGCCUGGUACACAAAUAUACCUGCGGGUAUGUCGGCGGCUAUAUUGUCGUUAAGCAGUAAAAGCGGUUCAACCAAAUAAUUCAAUCACAAUGUACGCACAACCGUUGUAUAUAAACAAUGAUAGUGCAGGCAUACCGCAUGCAAGCAUACCAUGGGCAUAUCCAUACCAGGCUUUAGAGGUUAAACAGGCUUUCAGCUUUCAAAUGACACCCCUCGCUUUUACAGAAUUUUUGCGAUAAUGCGCCGUUUUCCACCUUCGAGAUUCCUUUCAAUUUUCAAACAUUUAUAGCCAAAUGUUUGGUGCCCAUUUGGGAAAUGUAUGUUAUUGUGAGUCCAGUUUGCAAUUACUGAAUGAGCAUCCAGUGUUGUAAAAUGUGUAGUCACUCAAUUUUGAUGUAAAAAGGCGAGUAUAGGUAAAAGUUUAUUUAGAUAAUAUAAACUUGAUGCUUGCACAUGCGUUUGCGCCAUAUUUACACAAGGGACUUCAAUUUAAAUCCCAAAUGUGAAUAAUUUCAAUACUAAGACAAUAAAUAGCUUUACGUGCAAUUCCCAACGGUAGAAAAAUGUGAUUUCGAGAAAGGUAUAUACAGGGUGUCCCAAAAAAAACGAAAACUAUUGAAAUCACCAAUAACAAUUUAAUUGUUAGAAUUUGAAUGCCUUAGCGCUCUGUUGGUUCCCACGAGUGCAUAAAUGAUUGACAUAAGUAAAUUUUAUGCAUAAAGAAACUGUUUAAGAAGCUGUUUUUAAUUCCCAGGAGCAGAAAAUCGCGCACUUUGCCAGGAGAUAUUCCUAACUAAAUUCUAAUACAUGCACCUUGUCAAUAUUUGACGCAUCAUUACGUCCAGCUGUUUGGUAGGGCAUUCAAAUUUAACAAUAAGUGAUUUCAAUAGAUUUCGUUUUUUUGGGACACUGUACAAAAAAGUGACACUAUAGAAAUUAUCUCAUUGUUCUUAAGCCGCUCUUAAACGCGCGUGAUUACACGUUUGGGAAUUUAAUGAACUUGUAUUUACAUUUAAGCAUUUUAAAACGUUUUCGCUUUGUGUCCAAAUAUUUUAACGCCCAAGUCAAGCAAAACGAGUACACUAAAGCCCGCCGCACACGAGAGCAACUUGCUGAGCUAACCGUCUCGCGUGGCAGCUAGCUCAGCAAGUUGCUCUCGUGUGCGGACAGUUCUCGUGAGGAUUUGACCUCUCGAGGCCUUGAGGAAAAUAUCUAUCGUGUUUGAUAUUUGUCGCCUCGCGAGGAAAAAAUCUCAGCGUCUGCGGAUGUUGUGAGCUAAGUGCUGAGCUGUUUGAAUCAAUUAGCCAAUGACAAACCAUGGUUUCUUCAUGUGACUUGGAACAAAAUGGCGGAAAAUGCAAAUGAUUUUGUCAUUUAUGUUGUUGUUGAGUAGUUUUCUCAUCGUGUGCGGUGAAAAUACAUAGCUGAGCUAGCUGCCACGCGAGGCGGUUAGCUCAGCAAGUUGCUCUCGUGUGCGGCGGGCUUAAUAAACGGUUUGCUUUUUUAUUUUAAAUUCCAGAAGCAGAAGUUUAUGCACCUGUGGGAUUUCGUUGCAAUGACGUCGAUAAAAAGCCCCUUGCGUUCAAUUAGCAAUUUAACGAAUUGUUUAAUUAAUUCAGGUGGCUCCCUAGGGUUUCAUUUCCGGGGGUUACGUUCUUCGUAUAUAUGUAAUCUAAAACUCGUGUGACUUCAAAAUACGAACGAACGUUGCUUUUUAUAUAGAAAUCUUUUUUGAAACAAAAGUGUGAGCUUUGCUUUAGUUGAAAGCAUAAAAAGAGUUCCAAAAGCCCCCAAAAAUACUUGGAUGUGAUGUUUCAAAAGAAGAUAAUGUAAAGUUGUUUUUUUUCAAGCGGUAUUCUGGAAGUUUUUUUGAACCGCCGUGACGCCGUACGUGAGGUUCGACCGCAAACAUUGGGACACGAUAUAAAGUUUCCUCAAGAAUUUGCAGUGUUUUCUCUACAAUCUAGCAGCACUUAUGACAAUAAAGAUGACUUAAAUAAUGAGCUUUCUACGGGUGAAAUGAGCAGGGCCGAAACUCCAAAUAUACCACUAUAAAAACUGAAAUUUGAACGGGCAUUUUGUAAAAACAUUCAUAUAGUACUAACUCGCACGGGACGAAUUUUGACAAACAUUUUUCAAAUUAAUACCAAGAAGUCAUAACCAGUAAUUGCCUAAAUAUUUUUGCCAAUUUUACAUGUAGGCUAUAAUCCACGCUUAGUUGACCAUCAACCGACACAGUUAUAAACAGUAUAUCAAACACAAUUUAUAUUUUGUGAUUUCAAAAAAGUCAUGCCUUGUUGUUUUAUACAAAAUGCAUGUACACGUCAGUUGUGGUACAAAAUUGUUCGCGUCAAAAUCUAGUAAAAGUUGCCAAAAUUAAACCCAAACUUCUCCCUUUUUCUGCCCUGAAAUUUUUUAAAACUUUGCACAUUUUUUUAAUACCGGCACAAGUUGAACAAAAAAUGCAAUAUCAUUUUUUCUUUAAAAUUAAAUUGAAAGGGAAAUUUUUAUUAAAUGUUGAUUUUUAACCUUUUUUAAAUUUUAUAGGGAACGUUUUGAUUUAAUUUUUUUAAAUUGAAGAAAGUAUUAUCUUUUAUGGAAAGUUUUAAAUAAUUUGCCCGAAGGGAAUUUUUAAAAUGUCACGACAUGACAACAGAUUUUUAACACAAAAGCAGCAAUUUGCAAUGUUCAGGGGAAUAUUGACAAUGUGUCCAAUAAAUUUCGUCUUCAUGCCAUCUAAAGUGAAGAAACAGGAGUCUCCUGAAUACUAUACUGUAGUAAAUUAAAAACCCUAAGGAGCCACCUUAAGAUGGAGUAAUACGGGCAACAGAAUUGUUGCAACUUGCAACAAAAUCAGAUUUUAACGUAUCUUAAUUUAAAUGUUUACAUAUACAUUACCCAUCACGAUCACAACAUUUGUCAACAUUUCUACAGUAACGAACUUUGAAGCAAUUUUCUUGCUUGUAUUAACCAAGCUUUACAUUCAUGCUAAAAUUUUUACCGACGAUCAAGAACUGGGAAAUUUCUUGCACAUGCACCAGAUUAACCAAAACUACCAUUGAAACUUGAAGACUUUACCGAAGAAACAGUGGUGCCUAAAUUAUUUUGAAUUUAUACUCGAGUAAAAGUAAAAGUAAUUAACAAUAAAGCGACUUGAGUAAGAGUAUAAAAAGUACUGGAGGCAAAACAUACUUAAGUAAAAAGUACAAAGUAUCCUUAAAAUUUACUGGAAGUACAAAGUAAAAGUAAAAGUACUAUUGUCUCUGGCAUGUAGGGAAGGGGGGGGGGGGUGCAUUUCCCGAAUGGAUUGACAUGCAAAAGACGCAAAACAGCUCACUCAUUAUAUGUACCUAAUAUACAAUAUUUCACGGCAUGCUCUACUUUUUGGACCCCGUUGAAGAUAUAAAAUCCAUUAAAUAAGUAAUGCAUAUAAGUAAGCCAUAAAUGAGAGAUCCCAAACGCAUGUAGAGGUCCUAUUAUCUAUCCCAAAAUUAAAAUAAAACAAGAAUAAAUCAUGUAAAAUUAAACAAAAGUUAGAAAGUAACGAAAUACUUCGCCACAAAAUUAAAAUAACAAAGUAAAACGUUACUUAUUGAAACGACUUCGUUCCAAGUAAAAAUACUCCAGAAAAAGUUUACUUUGUUGCAUGCUGACGUCUCAAAAAUAGUAUUCACUAAGUACAGUAACGAAGUGCAUUUACUUCGUUACUUGACACCAUUGCGAAGAGAUAGCGAGACGCUCGCGGUUGUUGUAUAUUUUUGGAUGCCUGCAUGUUUAUAAUCUUUAUACCUUUUUGCCAAGACAACGACAAAGUAAACUAUACUCUACGUUUUCAGUGUAUAGCAUAUCUUGUUUGAACAGCAAUAAGCAAUAGAAUAUUUUAAUAUUAGCACAAACAAGAAGACAUUUGACACGCUAAUUCAGCAGUCAUGCCCGAGGCUUUUUUCAAAACAUGCAUUAUAAACAUGAACCCUUAACAUUUAAAUAAUUUUCAUACCUUUUUGGGAUUGCAAAAAGAAACAUUUGAUUUAUCAUCCCACUUUUUAAAACUAUACAGUAUGUGACAAAGUUGCUUCGAAAUCACCAUCACGCAGUAGCAUGUUUAUUUACCCUCAUUCUUUUGACUGAAUAAAGUUUACAUUUUUGAAAAGCUAUUUUUAUAGCUGUUGGUUACCGGUUUACGUUUAUGUCGAUUUUGGCACCCAUGAAACCAACACUAGUUGUGGUAAUCCGCGAAUGAAAAUGGAUAUUCGAAAAGACAAAAGCCAACUCCAAGCUAUGUAAGCCUGAAUUUUCAAUCAAUCCAAAAUUAAAAAAGUCACGUGCGCCAGCAAUAUCUCUGCACAGCGACAGCAAAUUUUCCAGUUGUGCUGACGAUCAAUUAGAGGUUAGACGGGCCGUUUCCUCGAUUCACCAAUUUACCGCCGACCAGUUGGCUGUUGUGUGUGUUUAGCACGUAUGCCAUCUCCCUCCGCGUGUUCUUUUUUGUGGGUAAUUUUACCCUAUGAAAAAUUCGAAAAUUCAAUUCGGACAUUCCGGUGGUUUUAUGUCAUUCCUAUACAAGUCGCAUCUAUUUAACUUCACUUUGUGAUUACAUUUUUAGAAAAAUACAUUCCAACUCUUUCUGGCGAAUGGUGCUAACAAUGAUGCGUUUGCUGUCUAUAUUUAUAAAGACAUUGAUUGGUCAAUUGGUGUGAUAAGGUAAUUCUGACUAAACUUUAUUGCUGCCGCAGCGAGCGAGCCUGAAGCGAGCGAGCAAGGCAGCAGAUCCUAAUUUUGUUUUGUGGGUCGAAAUCAAAAUUUUUUAUUUGGCGGAUUGCAUGACGGUACCAGUGAAUUUUAACCGUGGUGCAGCGCGGUCAGGCAUAAGGCAAACGGCAUUUUGUUGGGUGCUUUUAGCAUUAUACGGCGGUGCUUUUGGCAUUAUACACGGCGCUUUCGCCAUUAUACGCGGUGGUUCCAGUAUUAUACGCGGUGCUUUCACCAUUUAUAUACGCGAUGCUUUUGCAAUUAUACGCAGUGGUUCGAGCACUAUAUGCGGUGCUUUUAAUAUUAUACGCGAUGCUAGCUUUCAUUCAACAUUAUUUCCAUAUUCUUUCCAUGACAUGUAUAUAUGAUUUAACGAUUGCUUAAAUUUGGUAUGUGCAUGGUUGAUAAAUGCUUUUUGCCUAUGGUACAUGUAAAUGAAUAUAACGCAACGAAUGCGCCAAACAGUAUAAACGCGCCUGAAAUACGAUAUUAAAAUCUUAAUGAUUUAAUUAUGUUUUAGGAUUUACAAAUGCUAGCUUUGUCAUUUGUAUUUAUACUUGUACUGCGUCACAAGGCAGUACGUACUGUAAGUGAAAAAAACUCCACAUGUGAGAUUGUCUUGUAUAUAUUUUUGCUCUCUUUGAUAAUUAUAAACACUAUUAAACACGCACAUUUUAAUUAGUGAGACGCAAUGUUAAAUGUCACCUGCAUGUCAUUGUCAUUGCGCUUUAACCCCUGGUCUAUUUGGCCGCUUUUGAAAAUAUUGAAUGCAAACUUUGUGUUUUAAAAACGAGUUAGGAUAAAACGCGGAUACGGACGGACGGAUGAAUGACGGACGGACCGGACGGAUGGCAUAUAUAUGUUGUUAUAUAGUCUGCGCGCAGCCGCGCAGGGUAGUUAGUGCCUUACGUCUUCGCUGGUUGUUAUACUUUAAAAUAAUUUUGUAUGUACCGAGAAAUCAAAAUUCCGAGUAUAUAAAUAUAUAAACUGGCAUGUCACACUGAUAGCUUGUUUACAUUUCCUGCAGCAUCAUGAAAUGUUAUGUUUAACCACGGUGGUUUAACCUAUUAGCUGGCAAUGCGCCCUUCCCUUGUCGAGCGCCAGAAGAUUUUACUCGUCAGUGGUAGAGGGUACUGCCAGUAAAUGGGUUAACAAACCUAUCUGCCAAUGGCUCUUGUUAAUUCAUCAGCACAGUAAUGACCCCUAAUUUAGUAUUUACCCUGUCCAACACCAGACGAUUUUUAAUACUCAGUCAGUGGUCGGGUACUGUCAAUAAAUGGGUUAACAAGGACAACAAUAAUUAGCCUGCAUGGCAGGCGGUAUUUCCCAGGCUUGCCCAAUUUUAGGAACCGCCUGUCAUGCAGGCUAAACAAUAAUAGGAUGUUUCUGAAGGACUCGUUCAACACCCUGUCACAGAAUAGAUACAGGACCAGAAGUGUCACUCAGACGAUAUUUUGUCCGAAAUUUUACGAGUGCUGACGUGAAAAUACGCCAUCAUAUGACGCCAUCCUGGAGUGCACACGGAAGUUUUUCAUAGGAAAACAUAGGUACAAAGUGCCGGGUGCACUCCAGGAUGGCAUCGUAGCACGCAAAAGAAUUUCGGACGUUUUCCUUCAGCCAAAACAAAUAGGAGUGACACGUCUGGUCCGGUAUCUAUUCUGUGACCCUGUAGAUUGUCUUUUGCUGUCAAAGGCAGCAUUAUUGCCCUGUGGGUAACCUAGUCUUAAUAAUAGGCCGUUACCAAAACAUGCCACGCCUCACUAAGCCUCAAUUCUGGGCGGGGGAGUGAAAUCACUUUUUAUGAGGAAAUUUAAAGAAAAUGAGCAGUUUGAUAAGUACAACCAGUCGAAGCUCGAUGUCAGUUCAAUAGAUUUACAAAUGUUGAACAAAUUUAAAUAAGAAACUGUACUUAAAUAUAUCUUGGUCUAAUUUGUAAAGAAUUAUUUCAUACGUACAUUUAUUGGAAUUAUGGAUGCAAAAUGGUUAUUUGUUAGAGGAAACAAUUGACCAGUUUGUUCCCCCAGCCAAACUAUAUACAUCAGGCAAUCGGUCCAUCAUCUCAUUAACGAGUAUGUUACGUACAGUCAGCUACUCAUUAUUCAUCCAGCCAUCAACACUAGUGGCAUCCAUAAACUCAUUAACCUACUUUUGUCCAUCAACCAAAUUCUUAAAGGAAGGAGAGGUAUUCCAUUUCCGCAGUCCCUCACAGGCCUUUCUUAUUCCGAAACCUGCAAUGCAUGCGCCAUUAAACAAUAUCCUCCAACAGCUACCACAACUCAAUCAACAUUAACAACGUUAACACUAAUUCCAUAAAUACAAUGAGUACCGACACCUGUAAACAAUUACAAUAAUUGUAUAUUUUUACAAUAAAUUACAAAAGAAGACAAUUAUAGUUAAUACUGCAGAUGUUGUUUAAAGUAUCUAUUUGGUUGCUCAAUGGAUUAAGACAUAAAUGGAUAUAUAAAUUCGAGCAAUAAAUUAUUCAAAAUCAUAUACCCAGUCUUACUUAUGAUCGCUUCUUGCGUUUUCUAGAAACCAGUAUCCAAAUUUUGCCGAUUCCAGCGACUUACCAGUUGUAGGUUUUCAUUCUGGACAAGCAAAUGAUGAGAAUCCGUAUGACAAUUUUGCAAAGUAA